CAGCACCUUCAUCACCUCCAUCAUUCCUCCUCCUCUUCCUCCUCCUCAACCUCCACAGCUCAAGAAGAUCCUGUCUACUGUUCCAGCGUGGAGAACAUCUGAUCAUCAGAGCCCUCAGCGCAUAAAUAUCAAUGGAGACGCUCAGUUAAUUCUUCAUAAAAUUACUGAACCUUCAUCAUCAUCUUCAUCAGGUCCAUCAUUUUUACCAGUCAGAAUGUAUCUGGAGAAUAAAAGCAGUCUGGAGAUGGAGAUGUCUCAGACGGGGGCUCAGGGCCACCAGAAGUCUGAGGCUGUGGCGGGAAACUUUGAUGAGCUGCGAUUACUGGAAGGAUUUUCCAAGAGGACGGAGACGCAGAAGCUGCUGCAGGCUGCCACUGUGCCCCCAGGACACCACAUCAUCUACACCGAGCACCAGGAGCACAGGAGAAACUUCAGCAAGGUGAACUUCCUGAGAGGAAAGACGAGCUACACAGAGAGAUCGCCGCUGCUCCGGAUCACUCAGGAAGAUUGUGUAACAUACAUGACCCUGCGUGACCCCGACUUUGGCCCAGGAGACGAGUUGUGGGAUGGAAACUCGGUGGAGUUGGAACGAAGAUGUCGCCUGGGGAGUGAGGUGACGAGUCUGUCCCGUUCACUGUCCAAUGACAAAAGCGAGAACAACUUCAAACUCUCCUCCAACCUCAGAAACUGUUUAAGAGUCACAAAACUUGUGACCAUCUUCAUCAUCGUCAUUCUCUGUACACUGUUAUUCAGCGUGUUUCCGGAUCGAGACCGACCCUGGAGGAUGCUGGCCGUCUCAUCCACUUCAAGUUUCUCCAUGAACUUGACAAAUUUCCGUGAAAAUGCCUUGUUGAAGCUUCAGGUGGGCGGUCCAUUUCAGGGUGGGAUUGAGGACAUUCCUGCUCAAGAAUACAUCCUGGUACAGGUAGAGCAGACGGCAGAGCUAUCAGUCCGCAGGAAACGAGUGCAACAGGUGUUUUAUAACUGGACUAUACCAUUACAUUCCAGAAGGAGUGACCAGAUACUCAAAACAAGGACUUUUGCAAUGAUUAAUGGAGCUCCAAUCCAGAUUAAUGUGCAGGCCUUCCUGCAGGACAAUCAGGUGGUUCCUCUGUCUAUGACUCACCAGGCACUUUCUCUACGAGUGGAAACUCAGGUGCUCAUCGCUGGACUCAUCCUGGCUGGAGUUUACGUGCUCAUCAUCUUCGAGAUCGUUCAUCGUACCCUGGCGGCCAUGCUGGGAUCGCUGGCCGCUCUGGCAGCCCUUGCCUAUGUCGGAGAUAGGCCCAAUCUGAUGACGGUUGUUGAGUGGAUCGACUUUGAAACGUUAGCCUUGUUGUUUGGCAUGAUGAUUUUGGUGGCCAUUUUUUCAGAGACUGGCUUCUUCGAUUACUCUGCUGUUAAGGCGUAUCAGUUGUCCAGAGGACGGGUCUGGCCGAUGAUCAUCAUCCUGUGUCUCAUUGCUGCCAUUCUGUCUGCGUUUCUCGACAACGUGACCACCAUGAUGCUCUUCACUCCUGUUACCAUCAGGUUAUGUGAGGUGCUGAAUUUAGACCCCAGACACGUCCUGAUAGCUGAGGUCAUCUUCACCAACAUUGGCGGAGCAGCGACUGCGGUCGGAGAUCCCCCCAACGUUAUCAUCGUUUCCAACCAAGACUUGCGCAAAAAGGGAAUGGAUUUUGCUGCGUUUACAGGCUACAUGUUCCUGGGUAUCUGCCUGGUGCUUUUGACCUCAUUUCCCUUUCUGAGGAUUCUGUACUGGAAUAAAAAACUCUACAACAAAGAGUCCAGUGAGAUUGUGGAGCUGAAGCACGAGAUUCUGGUGUGGAGACAGACAGCACAGCGGAUCAACCCCGCCAGCAGAGAGGAGACUGCUGUCAAGUGUCUUCUCAUGCAGAAGGUUCUCAACCUGGAGAGCCUCCUGCGCAAGAAGCUCCGGACCUUCCAGAGGCAAAUAUCCCAAGAGGACAAAAACUGGGAAAGCAACAUCCAGGAGCUACAGAAAACGCACAGAAUCACAGAUAAAGUCCUGCUGGUGAAGUGUGUGUCGGUGCUCUCCAUAGUCAUCUUCAUGUUCUUCCUGAACUCCUUUGUCGCUGGGAUUCAUCUGGAGCUCGGUUGGAUUGCAGUCUUGGGUGCUCUGUGGCUGCUGAUUCUGGCCGAUAUCCAGGACUUCGAGAUCAUCCUGCACAGAGUGGAGUGGGCCACGCUGCUCUUCUUCGCCUCACUGUUUGUGCUCAUGGAGGCUUUGGCGCAGUUACAGCUGAUUGACUACAUUGGUGCACAGACAGCGGCGUUAAUUAAAGCUGUACCAGAGGGCGAGCGUCUGGCCAUCGCCAUCAUCCUGGUCAUGUGGGUCUCGGCUUUGGCUUCCUCACUUAUAGACAACAUUCCCUUCACUGCUACCAUGAUUCCAGUGCUGAUCAACCUGAGCCAGGACGACGACGUGAACCUGCCGAUGAAGCCGCUCAUAUUUGCUUUGGCCAUGGGAGCAUGCUUAGGAGGUAACGGGACACUGAUUGGUGCGUCAGCAAACGUCGUGUGUGCUGGAAUCGCAGAACAGCAUGGAUACGGAUUUUCUUUCAUGGAGUUCUUCAGGUUGGGCUUCCCCAUGAUGAUGAUGACCUGUACGAUAGGCAUGUGCUACCUGCUGGCAACUCAAAUAGGACUGGGCUGGAACAUCUAAAUCUGCGUAACACUACAAUUCUGGACACUGAUGAUGAUGAUGAUGAUGAUGAUGAUGAUGAUGAUGAUGAUGAUGAAAUAUUCCAGUCCAUACUGUGAAAGCCCAGUGCAUCAUGCUGCAAAGAUGUGAUCAAUCAUUGGAACAAGGGAACACCUCCUGCGGUGUUUUUCCACUAUUUUAUGGUGCUAUUGCCAUCUUUAAAGAGAUUGUCAUCUCUUUAGUAGGAGGAAUUUUGGUAUGUUUGUUUACGUAGUAACACUUUGCUUGAGCCCUGCCCAUCUUUUUUUUUUUGGUUGUGAUGAGAAACAGUAGUAACUAUAUACAGUAUAGCGUCUAAUGCUAAUUAGUCAAAUGCAAAGGAAAAAAAUACAUAUAAAACACUAAUGAGUGAAUAUCGGUGGCUUGAUUUAUAUGCAAGGUGUUCAUACUCACAAAUUAACCAUACUAGCUACAUGCACUCACCGCUCGCUAGUCUUAAACCGACAUAACCAUGUCAUAAACAUGCCAUAGCAGAUGGAUAUGUCCAGUGACAUGUUAUCACUACGAUUAAACAUUAUCAUGUGAUGUAUUUUCAAAAGUAUCAGCCAUGGCAGAAGGGUUUCUUUUAUCACACCAGAAUGAAUUAUUUUGCUAUAA